GUGUGUGUGUGUGUCUCCUGCAGACAGACACAUCUUCUCUUCAUAUAAUCUGUGGGAUUAGAGCCGCCUGUCUCCUCCUGGAUGAGACGCACCUCCUCUGCGCUCCUGCGUCUCCAUCCUCCACCGUCUCCUUUAUAAACAGAUCAUGUCAUUCAUCUAAAAAAAACGCCCCUUUCUCCUCUCUCCUCCAGGCGGACGCCAGCGGAAGCCGCCGGAGCUCAGCCUGCGGCGCACACGCACCGUUCCCCCCGCUGACAUUUGACGCAGAUCCCGGCGUCACGCACGAAGAGGAGCCGGUGGGGGGAAGUGUCGGAGAUGCCCGAACUACCUGUUUGCUCCCCGGGGCUGCAGGGCUGAGGGAUGCCGCCUCGGUUUUACGCAGCGGAGGCUCUUUGAAUCCGCAGCCGCACAGAUUCCCACUGAGCCACUUUGCGCAAGUUGGAGAUAAAACCUGUGACCGUGCAUGUGCAGGAUGAAGGUGAAGGGUGCCGAGCAGGCAGCGGUCACCCUGCCGGGAAACUUGCAGUGAGCCCGGAGGAGAGUUGAGGAAGAGGAGGAGGUGAAGAGCCAGAGCCAGAGGAGGUGAUGUCCGGGUCUCUUCAGCUGGACCCCGGGCUGCUGCUGCUGAUGCUGCUGCUGGUGAUGAUGAUGGCCUGCUGGAAAACACCAGGGAUGGUCGAAGCGACUGUGCCAGCGGCCCCUGUGAAUGUGUCGGUGACCCAGCUGAGGGCGCACUCAGCCAUGGUGACCUGGAACGUCCCUCAGGGAGACACUGUCAUUGGAUACGCCAUCUCGCAGCAGAGGCAGGACGGCCUGAUGCAGCGCUCCAUCCGAGAGGUGAACACGUCGAGCCGCUGGUGUGUGUUGUGGGACCUGGACGAGGACACACACUACAGCGUCCAGGUGCAGUCCGUCGGGCCGCACGGGGACAGCCAACCCAGCCGCGCCGUCCACUUCAGGACUCUGGAGAGAACUGACCAUUAUCCAGUCGGAGUCCUGGACCACCAUGAACCAGCGAUGGAAGGUUUGGGAAUGACUCCGCACCUUCAGACAGGAGAGCUGCUCAUCAUCACCACGGUGCUGCUGCUGUGGGCAGCCGUCAUCGCCCUGUUCUGCCGACAGUAUGACAUCAUCAAAGACAACGACUCCAACAGCAGCAAAGACAAAGCCAAGCGGCCGCUGGUCCGCGCCACCUCCACCUACUACAACGCUUCGGCCGGCAGCUCGCCCGUCUACCACAACGGAGCCGUGCGCAGCAGCAGGCUGCACAGAGCCUCGUCCUCCAUCAGCAUCAUCAGAGUCUGAGGUGUGGAUGCUGCCGAGACUCGGGGCGAGUGCCGCUCGAGACGACGUGCCGUGUUAGCCGCAGGAAGCUCGGCGGGAUUAUCCGGAGAGACGGAGAAUUUCUGGGCCUGAGGGACGAGAGCGUGAGAUUCAAUGUAAAAUAUGAGGAGUGAGAAGCAGCUCAUGCAAAUCCAAUUCAAAUCAAGCGGAGGCGGCCCACUGUGGAGGAAGUGGAGGACCGCUGCCCUCCAGUGGCGGAGGACGGCAGCAUCAUGGGAACAGCAGGAGUUUGGCUUUGCCAGUCGAAUAUUUUCAGCUAAUUCUCCGAUAAUGUUUUUCUUCAUAAGACUUAACGUGAACAUUUGGCAGCAUGUCGCCCACGAUCACCUCAGAGUUACCCUCCAUACACUGUGUGUGUGUGUGUGUGUGUGAGACCAUUGUUACUCUGUGAUUUCUAUUUCUAAUUCAUUCUCAAUAGUACUAACAUCACAGUCUGUAUUAUAUGUAAGUAGAAUCUGUACAUACAAGUAAUUUAAUAGUCAUUUCAACAAACAGUUGAAUGUUGAAGGUUGAAGGUACGAACAAACGAACAAAACCGAAAUUGGCUCAAUUGAAUUUCAUAUCAUGAUGUCGAAAGGCUGUAAUCAUGAAAUUAUAGCCAAUCAUCAUCAGUUAAUUAAUUGAAUGUAAUUACUCUAGAAAUUGACUGGAGUUGAUCUCAUCAUGCAAUAAACUCCACACCAGAGUCAUUUGUGGAAUCUAAUUUAAAAUCCAGUGAUUUCCUAACAUAUCCGAAGGUAGAUUUGAUAUUUUUGGACGGAAAUAUUAUAAUAAAUGUAGAUAUUCAAAAGACUAAAUUUAUUUCUUGCGAAUUUAAAAAGAAAUUGCAGUUUUCUGAAGGACGACAACCUGUAGCUUUGUUUUGUUUUGUACACUCAGGGUUAUUUCAGUCUUUUGUCUGUGGAACACUUUCAGUCAAAUCCCUUUUCACUGUGUCUCUGAGGGGAUCAAGGAUUUUCUUUGUGCGUGUAUUCUCCUGUUUCAAUAAACUCACCAGACCGUUAUGGUGGUAUUACAGUAACAACAUGUACAUAUACACACUGUGCUGAAACCUGCACACACUCUACACAUAAUACUAUAGUAGUAAUUCAUUAGAAAUAGUGAGUCACGUGUUAUAGAUACCACCAUUUGUGUCAGUGUUGAAAGUCUCAUGUCUCAUGUGUUGUUCAUCUGUAACUGAGUGUUUAACAUGUGUGACAGUACGUGUAGUGGACAGCAGAUGGCGCCAGAACUGUGAGAGACGAUGGACAGAAGACAGAUGUGUGUACAUGUGCAAUGAAAUCAGAUUUCUGUAGAACUGAAUUCAUCAAAUGCAGAUUUUUGUUCUGAAUAUUUACUCUUUGAAUGUACUGCAUUGUACUGCAUUGUACUGCAUUGUACUGCAUUGUACUACAUUACGUCUGUUUUAUAAAGUUAGCUCCAGAGUGAAUG